UUAAAAAGGGUUCUCACACUCUCUGUCCCACCCCCCCCUGUAGUAAGGUUCUCGCUUACUACAAGUAUGUGUUCACAGUGAUGUUCGCGUAGCUGGGGAAACAUCCUUCUUACUGUAUAUACAGAAGCUGCCGUGGAGUGCAUCCGAUAUUCUGAUGACAUAAAAAAUAUUUUUGACCAACAUUGAACUUUUUCUGCUAAAGUCAAGACUCCAGACACCCAUCCGGCUUUUCCAGUAAAAGAGGAAUGAUGGAGUCGAAUUUAACCAGGGACCUUGCUGAGGACCAACUGCACGCAUACUGUUUGCCGAAUGCAGAUGGUGAGACUGAACGCAAACAGGAAGUCACACAGGAGGAGGAAGAGGUGGAAGAGGCCAUAGAACACAAUCCCUUGGAGACAGAAGAUCUGAACUUUGAUAAGUGGAAACCAAAACCAAAGCCCAAGAGGACCUGCAGGCAGAUUAUGGCUGACGUUAAGAAGUUUCUGUGGAACCCCGAGUCACAGGAGUUCAUGGGACGAUCUGGAAGGAGCUGGAGUCUCAUCCUCCUUUUCUAUGCCUCGCUGUACGUCUUCCUGGCAGCCAUGUUUGCAGCCUGCAUGUGGGGCCUGAUGUGGUCCAUCAGCCCUUAUAACCCCACCUACAAUGAUAGGGUGGUGCCACCAGGCAUGACGAUGUCACCGCGUGGUGAUGGGUUCCACAUUACCUUCAACGCCUCUGACCGCAGCUCCUGGGAAAGCUAUGUUGAGGCCCUGGAGAACUACCUGGAACCUUACAACGACUCCACCCAGGAGCUGCGGAACAUCGCCUGCACACAGGACGCGUACUUCCUGCAGCACGAAAAAGAGGAGGAUGCGGAGGUGAAAGCAUGCCAGUUCAAGAGGUCCUGGCUGGGGGACUGCUCCGGGCUGCAGGACCCCGACUUCGGCUACUCUCAGGGAAAGCCCUGCAUCGUCCUGCAGAUGAACCGGAUUCUUGGGUAUUUACCCGGUUACGGUACUCCAGUCAACGUGAGCUGUGCCCUUAAGAGAGGAGGGCCAGAGAUUCUUGGAGACAUUGAGUUCUACCCAAAAAACUAUUUUAGCCUGAUGUAUUAUCCUUACUAUGGAAAACUGAAACAUGUGAAUUACACCUCCCCGGUGAUAGCCGUACGUUUUGAAGGAGUGCAGCUCGACACACACCUCCGGGUGCGAUGCCAGCUCCAUGGUAAGGGCAUCGUCAACGACUCGCCCACUGACCCCUUCUUGGGCGGCGUGUCCUUCUCCCUGGAGGUGGGUGCGUAGGGGGAAAGCUGCCGCCUCCUGACCCAUGGCCAACACACUGCCUGCUCUGCCCGCCACAAAGCUGGAGAAAACCUGGUACCUGGGGAGGCCAUGACAGCUGGAGCUGUUGCCAUGGAUACAAGCUGGUUUUCAUAUCAUGCCUCCUCACCUAGCUCCACUUCCUCUGAUGGGCGAGACCACGUUUACUGUUAGUAAGCAGCAUACACAGACCCACAUACUUUAUAGACCCACAGAAUUAGGGAAAACGACCACAGAACAUUUAUCACACUGUCGUACUUAGUCUGAUAGAACUUUUAAUAUGAACAAAAUGCUGUUUCAAACAAACAACUUAAAAAAGGGAAUCUCAAUACAGCAGUUAUAUUUUAAAAGAUGGAAAUAAGCAUAUCAACCUAUGCACUGUUUUAUAGUUAAUUGUAUAAUUAAUUAUUGUAUAUUGCCAACACCUUUUAAAAGUUUUUGUCUUGUCCAGUCCUGGGACCCAAAUGAUGAUGCUCAUUAGCAACAUGGAGUUUAAAAAAAAAAAAUUUACAAAGCAUCUGUAAACAAGAGGUGACACUUGUUUUGUUUUACUUUACAUAGCUAUACAGUAAAACUAGAAUUCUAUUUUAGAUUUCAUUCACUUACAAUCCAUUCCCUUAAUUUUUCCAACAAAAUGAGUAAUACAAUGGCAGCAAAAUGUGCUUGUCUACCAUAUACCUGCAUCCAUUUAUUAAUAGUCAUUCUUCUGCACUGUUUUAUCAUGCCUCUAAGAUGUACUUAAUUUUAUAAACAUAAAUUCUCUGUUAAAACAGAAACCCUUGAGAUGUUGUUUUCUCAUGUUGUUACAACCAUAGAGUUUAUUUGUUUGUUGAUUUUAUACAAUUAGGGAGCAGUCUGCUACAGGGACCAGCACACUACAGGGACCAGUAUGCUACAGGGACCAGCACACUACAGGGACCAGUGUGCUACAGGCACCAGCACAUUACAGGGGUGCACAACUCCAGUCCUGGAGGGCCAGUAUGUGUGCUGGUUUUUGUUCCAACCAAUUAUUCUGCCUUGAUAUUCUACACAGCUGUGUAUAACAAUGCUGUUUCACUACUGUGUCGGACACAGUAAAAUUGGGCAAAUUACAUUAUUAAAACCGGAAGUUGGCUUGACUACCUGAAGCAUACAUCAGCCCUCAUUGUUAACCUCUUCCAUGUUAUAUAUGAGUUGAGAUUUAAGGUUUUCUAAAUAUAUUUAUGGUCAUGGUGAUAAGAUAAGCCUAGCCCUAGACUGUUAUCAGAACCUGUGACUUGAAACAAAACUAGGUUGUUUACUCGUGAACCUUUGCUGCACCUGCUGACUGACCUGAUUACAUUUUCGAGAACUGCUUUAUGACUUUGUUUUUGACCAAAGUCCUACAGGGCAUUAGAUGGAAACUUCCUUUAAUAGGACUGAUUAUUUUAAAAAAAUGUUUUGAAACAGCUGGUUACUGUGCAAAGCCCAGACACCCACAGGGAAUAACUACA